AUUUCCCGGACUCAGUGUUUACUUUUGAUCAAAAGCGCAAAUAUUACAAAUACACAUACAAUAACGAUAAAAUUAAUUUAAAUUGCUUGUUAUCAGUACAAAAUACGUAAAUUUACGAAGAUAUACGUAUAUAAUAUUCACAUGUUAAAUGCCGUCUCAUCUUAGAAUUUGAUAAGAAUAUUGAGACACUGAUAAAAUCGUUAUCUUCCUACUUCUCGUCUGAAUGAAAUAGUCUACAAAUAACUACAGCUAAAAUGAGCGAAUAUGGACCGGAACAUCCAAGGAAUUUAAUUCCGGAGCUAUGCAACCAAUUCUACCAUUUGGGAUGGGUUACUGGCACAGGAGGAGGUAUUUCGAUAAAGGAAGGUGAGAAAAUCUACAUAGCCCCGUCGGGAGUGCAGAAGGAACGUAUGAAGCCGGAUGACUUGUUUGUGCAGACCAUAGAUGAUGAAGACUUGGAACUGCCACCUCCUGACAAGAAAUUAAAAAAAAGCCAAUGCACCCCGCUGUUCAUGCUGGCGUACAGAGAGCGCGGCGCGGGCGCAGUGAUCCACACGCACUCGCCGCACGCCGUGCGCUGCACCUUGUUGUACGACACGGAGUUUGUGAUCACGCAUCAGGAGAUGAUCAAGGGUAUAAAAGACGCAAAACUGGGCCGCUAUCUCCGCUACGACGAGAAACUGGUUGUGCCCAUAAUAGAGAACACUCCUUUCGAACGAGACUUGGCUGAUAGUUUGGGUGAAGCUCUCAGAAAAUACCCUGGCACCAGCGCAGUGCUGGUGAGAAGGCAUGGUGUGUACGUUUGGGGGGACACGUGGCAAUCGGCUAAGACUAUGACAGAAUGUUACGACUACCUGUUCGAGAUGGCAGUGGAAAUGAAGAAACUUGGGCUGGAUCCCGCUUUGAACCCGGAAGUAAAGGAGAAUGGCAAAUCUUGAUCAUGAAUUAUGAUUGUUAUAAUGUUGGAAUUAGGUAUAGUUUGAUAUAAUUCAGUUUUGUUAUUAUUUCUCGAAUAGUGUAUUUUUUUCGAACUUUGUUACUUUUUUUUUAUUCUAUUGUAAUUUUCAAAUUAUUUUAUUUUUUCAAAUUGUGCUAAGCAAAUCAUAUAUUCACGAUUCGUAAAAUUUUAUCAGUAACUUUACUUACAUUGUAAUUUUACUAAUGUUAAUGCUUAAUACGUAAGUCUAUUUUUUAUAAAUAAAAU